UCAAUUAACAUUCGCUAAAGUAACAGUUGCUUAUUUAAGAAUGUAUACAAAAGAAAGAAGAGCUUUAGUUGUAUUUGGAUUGAUUCUACAGGCAUGUAAUUGCACAGGUGAAAGUAAAGUUGUACUUCAAGGAGCUACACUGUCGACAAACCAAUCAGUAUAUGAAAAUUGGGUUCUCAACCGAGCCAUCGAUGAAAGCACUGGUUGUACCGCCAUUACAAGGCCGACCUGGUUCCAAUUAAGUCUACCACAAACAUAUUUUGUGAAGCGCAUUGUACUUCAGGGUCGUACCGACGGAGGUUACGAACAGUUUAGGGAAAUUACAUUGUUUGGUGUUAAUGCUGACAAUAACACGGUCGAACAACGGGUCAAAACUUCGUCUAAUAUCCUUCGAACCUACGAGAUAAGUCCGCCACAGGCUAUGCAAGCAAUACGCGUGGUUGGUCACGCGUUGGUUGGGCACCCGUUGUCAAAUUAUAUGACAAUAUGUGAAAUGGAGGUUUACAGACAAGAAGAUUGCCUGAUUGGAACCUACGGACCUAAUUGUGUACAAAGAUGUCAAUGUAUGGAAGGACCUUGUGAAACUGUAACCGGUUACUGUAGAACAGGGUGUCAGAGAGGCUGGAUAGGAGCCGCGUGCAAUCAAACCUGCGACAACGGAUUGUACGGCCAGGGCUGUCUUACACAAUGUGGUCAAUGUCUGAACAACGCUACCUGUAAUAAGACUUCCGGUGUGUGUCCAAAUGGAUGUGCUGCAGGAUACAAUGGUUCUCUCUGCAAAGAAGAAUGUGAUGACGGAUUUCAUGGUCUUGGAUGUCAGAACAAGUGUGGUAAUUGUCAGAACAAGGUGCCCUGCAACACGGUUUCCGGCCUCUGCCCUGGGGAAUGUGAACCCGGAUAUAACGGGACGAUGUGCAAAGACGCCUGCGACAAUGGAUGGUACGGUCAGGGCUGUCUUACACAAUGUGGUCAAUGUCUAAACAACGCUACCUGUAAUAAGACUAACGGAAUGUGUCCAGAAGGAUGUGCUGCAGGAUACAAUGGUUCUCUCUGCAAAGAAAAAUGUGAUGACGGAUUUCAUGGUCUUGGAUGUCAGAACAAGUGUGGUAAUUGUCAGAACAAGGUGCCCUGCAACACGGUUUCCGGCCUCUGCCCUGGGGAAUGUGAACCCGGAUAUAACGGGACGAUGUGCAAAGACGCCUGCGACAACGGAUGGUACGGCCAGGACUGUCUUACCCAAUGUGGUCAUUGUCUUAACAACGCUGCAUGCAAUAAGACUUCCGGUAUGUGUCCAGAUGGAUGUGCCGCAGGAUACAAAGCUACAGAGGAAAAGACGACUAUUGAACUUUCUCAAGGGGAGCUUGUGGGCGUCAUAUGUGCAUCCAUUGUGGCAUGCGUUGUCUGUAGUGUAGUCAUGGCAUUAUGCUUGAGACACAGAAGGCGUCAUCAAACAUCUGCAUCGAAUACAUCGGAAUCAUGUCAAGGAACGGCUGUUUCUGCCUACGACGAAUUGUCGCCAAAAACAAAAGCAACUAGCCACUAUGACACACUGACCAUGACAAUCCCGCCAACGUCUUCCGAAUGCGAACAAACUCCAAAAGCCUUACAGAAAGUUGAGGAAUACGAACGGUUGCAAUUAAACCAAAAAACAGUUGCUGCCACAUACGAAAAGCUGUCGCCAAAUUUAUCCACUGGGGAACAGUACGAACGAUUGGAAACCUCUGCAGUGAAAAAGACGGCUGAUGGACUUUCUCAUGAGGAGAUAGUAAGCAUCUCAUUGGCAGCCAGUGUACCAAUCGUAGUUUCCUGCGACAACGGAUUGUACGGCCAGGGCUGUCUUACACAAUGUGGUCAAUGUCUGAACAACGCUACCUGUAAUAAGACUUCCGGUGUGUGUCCAAAUGGAUGUGCUGCAGGAUACAAUGGUUCUCUCUGCAAAGAAGAAUGUGAUGACGGAUUUCAUGGUCUUGGAUGUCAGAACAAGUGUGGUAAUUGUCAGAACAAGGUGCCCUGCAACACGGUUUCCGGCCUCUGCCCUGGGGAAUGUGAACCCGGAUAUAACGGGACGAUGUGCAAAGACGCCUGCGACAACGGAUGGUACGGCCAGGACUGUCUUACCCAAUGUGGUCAUUGUCUUAACAACGCUGCAUGCAAUAAGACUUCCGGUAUGUGUCCAGAUGGAUGUGCCGCAGGAUACAAAGGUUCUCUCUGCAUUGAUGCUACAGAGGAAAAGACGACUAUUGAACUUUCUCAAGGGGAGCUUGUGGGCGUCAUAUGUGCAUCCAUUGUGGCAUGCGUUGUCUGUAGUGUAGUCAUGGCAUUAUGCUUGAGACACAGAAGGCGUCAUCAAACAUCUGCAUCGAAUACAUCGGAAUCAUGUCAAGGAACGGCUGUUUCUGCCUACGACGAAUUGUCGCCAAAAACAAAAGCAACUAGCCACUAUGACACACUGACCAUGACAAUCCCGCCAACGUCUUCCGAAUGCGAACAAACUCCAAAAGCCUUACAGAAAGUUGAGGAAUACGAACGGUUGCAAUUAAACCAAAAAACAGUUGCUGCCACAUACGAAAAGCUGUCGCCAAAUUUAUCCACUGGGGAACAGUACGAACGAUUGGAAACCUGUUAAUUGUCCGGAAGAGAAAUCACAGUGAAUUAGGAACUAAUCAUAGACCACACGUUCGAUUUGAAAACAAUUGAUUCAAAGAACAAAGCAACGCCCAAUUUUCAGUUAAACUAAAUGGAUGCCGAUAAAUAUGUGUAUUUUCAUAUGAAUAUAUUUUUUGUGGAAUACAGUUUCGUAUAACAUACAUUUAGAAUACAUAUAGGAAUAAUGAUGCUUUAAUGAAUAUGGCUGUUUCAUACAUAUUAAAAUGGCUUGCCGGGAGAAAACGCUGGAACAAUAUUCGUAUAUUUAUGUUUAUAGUUCGGGUCUGUGAAAAAAAGAUUUAUUAACAUUAUCUUAAAUCAGACACCUUUUAUAAACAUAAACUGUAAACUUCGACGCUUCAAGAAAAAAAGCUAAUAUAUAUAUCGCUGAAGUUAAGCUUUGUAUCUAUUUAAAGAUACUAUCUACUUAACUGUGGCCCUUAAAAGGCAACUUAUUUAAACAUGUUGAAUUUGACAAAACUAAUAAUGGCAUAAAAGAACAGACACACCUCUCUAUAAACAAUAAAUAAUUAGUUGAUACAUUCAGACACAAUAAUAGUCGUUUUAUAAAAUGACAACUGUGUAUUUGACCUUUUUAUUUUAACAUUUUAACGUCAUUAUUGUGAGGUUUCUAUAUUAUCCAUAUAUUGGAUGUGGUUAUUUAUCAGACAUGAUAGCACAGUUAGCUUAGGCGAUGUCAAAUGUCAUUUCUUUGUACGGUUCACAAGUCAGAAGUUUGAUGCCCACUGAGUAUUUUACUUGUUCUGACUAUUUGCUGAUUUGUUUAUAUCGAUUGUCAUAUGGUGUUUUACAAUAUUGUAUUAAAUUAAUGAAACAAUCUGGUAAAAUGUCUGAAUAUAUAUAAUAAUGCAUUUCAAUAUUACACCUUUGGAGCAUAAGGUUCAGGGGUCGAUUAUUGAUGUGGACCUACACAUAUGUAUUAAGGUUCAAUAGGUCUAUUAUUAGUUUGGACUUAAAUCUUUUGACAAAUAGACCGAGGGGUACAUCAUUGCCGUGGACUUCGAUCAACAUCUUAAGGAUUCUAUCCUUCGGGUGACCUACAUAUUUUGAUCAUAAUGUCCAUGGUUAGAUCAUUGGUUUUGACGUACACAUGUGGAUCAAAAUGUCCAGGUUUAGACCCUUGGUAUGACCUUACACUUUUUUAUCACCAAGUCCAAGGUUAGAUCAUUGGUUUGUACCUACACAUUUUGACCAAAUAUCCAAAGUAAGAUAAUUGGUUUGGACCUACACAUCUUGAUCAAAAGGUCCCGGGUUAGUUCCUUGGUGUGGAGUAACAUCUUUAGAUCAGAAGGUCCAGGGUUAGAAUUUGCAUGAGGAAGAAAUCAAGCAGUUAUCGCAUUAUCACCCCAGCAAGACAUGGACCUAUUUUCAGGCAACCUGUCGCCUCGUCCUCAGUUUUAUCUAGGAGAGCGCGACCGACUUGCAGUCACUAAAUUCCUCUUUUAAUGACAUAAUGUUGCAUGAAUGAGAACUUCUGUUCCGCAACUUAGUUUUAUGUUUAGUUCUUUAUUAACGUAUGCCUGUCUAUAAUACCUGAUUGAACAAGUUUGUAAUUUAAUUGUUGCAAUAUUCGUAUAUUUUAUGAAGUUAUUUUACUUAUUAAGUUUUGUUUGUUUUGUUUGAUUUAUUGUUUAGCAGUCACAUAAACAACCCAGCUAUGUAAUAUGGAUCUUUUACACUUAUUUUGGCUGCUUCUUCCUGUAUUUUCACAAUGAUGAUCAAAAAUAUUAAAUUUAUGAUGCUAUACCCUUAAAUCUUUUUCAAAAAAGAAGGGAUGUAGUUGACACUUGUUCAUUUAAUCGUGUCUCAUACAGUUGUUGCUCUGGUCUUCUUCUCACCAUUGAGAAAUUAAAUUGUAAUUAAACUGAAUGCGUUUUAAUUCUCCUUUAUUAUUGUUUAAUUUGAUUUACAAUACUAUUUAGGCUAAUUUUUAUUUAAGUUUAUAUGUACCAUGAAUAUUGCUGGGCCAAGUUUGAAGUUGACCGCUCUUAAACCGGUUUAAACCCUCAAUGCUUUGAAUUGACCGUUCAAAGGCGGUGACCCCAGCCUUAUUCAUCUAUGUUUGUAUGUUGUUUCAUAUUGUGCUGUUUCGUACUGUUUUUGAAAUUGGUCACUUGCCUUAAAUAAAGGGCCAUCUAAAUGUAUAUAAUAAUAAUGCUACACGUCUCCAGCAGUUUGAGUUUCACUUCUUUAUAUUGCACUGUCAUGCCUUUAUCACGCGAAACUGUAAUAUCGUCCGCAACGUUCUAAGCAUACUUAGUAUACAGUGUAGUAGAUGUUUGCUAACCUUGGUCUUGUGAUUUGUUAGUACGGCAAUAUACUGAACGUACAUGAAACAAUUUUCGUAUGAAGUUUAAAAACUAUAUACAUAGUAAGGGAGUUUUCGUAUUUAAUGAUCUUGUCGUCAUUAACAAUAUAAAAAAACACAUGAAUCCCUAAUCUUGAUUUUUGUUUAACUGUUAAUUUGUCCCAAUAAUAUGCCCCAAGUUCGAAACUGGAUCAUGUGCGGUCAAUAACUUGGCCAUAAGUUGAAACUGAAGAGAAAGCAUUUAAAACUCUUAAGGUAUCAUUAUUUUCUAUGUAUCAUAAAUCUUUAUCAACCCAUUUGUUAUACA